CCUAGGUUAAGUUUAAGGGUUUUACAACAUUAACCAAUUACUUUUAAAAGGAGAAUUCAGUGCAAUAUCAUCUCAGAAUUAAUUGACUAAAUUCCAGAAAACUAUGGACGGUCACAACAAACUUUCAGACCACGCAUCCCAAGAUGAAGAAAGCAAUUUUUCAGAACCAGAAAGUCACGGAACAUUCCACAAUCCUUUCAUCGAGUCUGUUCGACCUCUUAUUGAGUUGAUUGACUCUCUGAGGUUGAUUGGCAUUGAUGAAGACAUUGGCCUUCCAUCCAUUGCUGUGGUGGGAGAUCAGAGUUCAGGAAAGAGUUCGGUUUUAGAAGCGCUCUCUGGAAUAGCUCUGCCUCGAGGAAGCGGCAUCGUCACUCGCUGUCCUCUUGAGCUGAAAUUACGGAAACUCAAAAAAGGGCCAUGGUCAGCGACUAUUUCUUAUGGCGACCACAGUGAGACUUUUAAUGACCCGUUAAAGGUGGAUUACCUUGUAAGAGAAGCUCAAAACAAGCUUGCUGGGAAUUCGGUAGGGAUCUGCCAUGAGCUCAUCACUUUGGAGAUUUUCUCUCCUGAAGUGUGUGACCUCACGCUGAUUGAUCUACCUGGUAUAACCCGUGUACCUGUGCAUGGUCAACCUGUUGAUAUUGGGGAACAGAUUAAAUCCUUAAUAUUGUCAUUCAUCUCCAAGAGUGCAACCAUCAAUUUAGUUGUUGUACCCUGUAAUAUUGACAUAGCAACAACAGAAGCACUAAGGAUGGCACAAGAAGUAGACCCAGAAGGACACAGAACCCUCGCAAUUCUCACAAAGCCAGAUCUCAUUGACAGAGGAGCUGAGGCUGAUGUCUUAAACGUUGUGCAGGGCAAAGUCAUUCCUCUCAGCAAGGGUUACAUCAUUGUGAGAUGUCGUGGUCAGAGUGACAUCAAUGAGAAAAUCUCCCUCGAUAAAGCCAUGCAAAAUGAAAUAACAUUCUUUAGGAAUCACCGUUAUUUCAGCUUCCUGCUGAAUGAGGGUAAGGCAUCUACUCAAUGCCUUACAGACAAGCUGACAAAAGAACUGGUGGAUCAUAUCAAGAAAUCGCUGCCGUACUUGACUGAGCAGAUUCAGACCAGACUGCUCAAUGUGCAAAGAGAGCUUAAAAACUACAAGCAAGGUCCUCCUAUGGAAGAGGAGAUGAUGGGACCCUUUCUCAGUUCUAUAACAAUGGCGUUCUGUGAUCUAGUACAUGAACUGAGUAGAACAGGACAUUCAAAACAGGGAAACAUUUACGCUUCUCUACGUCCUGUGUUCAUGAAUUGGGACAUCCAUCUGAGAAAAACGCAAGAAACAUUCACAGAGAAAGUGAAGGAAAUGAUAGAGAAGUACAAUGAGAUGCAUCGUGGGAGAGAGUUGUUAACUUUCUCAGAUUUCAGUGAAUAUGAGCGUGUUGUCAAAGAGCAUGUGGCAGAUCUUCAAGAACCAGCUAUGGGCAUACUGAAGGAAGUAAGAGAGAUCGUUCAGAAUGAGUUCAAGGUGAUUUGUGAUUUAUCUUUUGAACAAUACCCUCAACUGAAAUACAUUGUCUCUAACAUGAUUAAUGACAUUCAGUCAAAACAAGAGACCAAAGUGGAGAAAAGAAUCAAAGAGUUCAUUUAUAUGGAGCAACUGGUCUUUACCCAGGACAAAGUUUUACAACAGAAACUCAAUGACUCUGAUGUCCCUUCAGAGGUUGGGUUAGACACCAGUGAUGGGAACCUCUAUGAAUGCAGUGAAGAGAGAAUUUUUAAUUCCAAAGGCUGCGCCUUACUGGAUGCCAGAAAUCUAUCUCCAGACAAACUGGUUCUCUAUUAUAAGAUAGUCUAUCAACGCCUCACAGACUAUGUGCCCAUGCUGGUAACUCUCUUCAUGCUGAAGGCCGCAGCAAAGAUUUUGCGCCAUCAAACGAUGGAACUGAGAAUCGAGGCAGAUUUGGUCAAACUGCUGAGUGAAGAAUCAGAGAGAGGAUGCAAGAGGGUUGAUCUGAAGCAACGUCUGGAACGCCUGAUGCAAGCUCAAGAUCUGAUCAGUAGCAGACUCUAAUACUGCUGUCUGAUACAACACGAAUCAGAAUCAAUUUAGCAUCAGGGAGAAAUAAAUCAUAUUUUAAAUCCUUUUAAUUAAUAAAUAUAGCAAAUGUAACUGCAAAAUAUGAUGUCUUGGUUAAUAUAUGAAAUAAUGCAUUUGUGAUUUAUAAUUAUGCGUUCAAAGUUUAUAGCAAAUUAAUGCAAAAGAAUAACAGCUUAGUUUUAAAUGUGUAAUGACAAUGAAAAAUAUGCCCAAUCUCUACCAUAUUACCAGCAGAUAACAAAAGACGGUGAUUCUUUAUUUAUGAAUUUAAUUGUGACAGAAUAAAAAGUUUUGUUGCUUAUCCAUA